AGUGUGUGAGGUUGAAGAGGGUGUGUGUGUGUGUGUAGCCAGCUGAUGAUGGGUGUACGUACGUUGCUCUGUCUUCUCUCCGCCUCCGCUCUCAUCCAAUAUGGAGCGGCGGGGGAGCCCUGGAACGAGAAGGACUCCGCCAGUAAUGCGAUAGACGACCAAAUCAUCAAGGCGUUGGAGAGCUUCAGGGAACACAUGUCGAGUGGUUGGCCCGAGCUGGGUAUACCUGUACUCGACCCUCUCCUUCUGCCCGAGGUCGACCUUAACAUCACCGCUGGCAACAUUGACCUGAAGAUGAACCUAUCUGAUGUCGUGAUCAACAACCUGUCUAACUUCACUAUCGACCGCGUCCAUAGUAACUUACUCUUCCUCAAGGUCGACAUCGAUCUCGGCCUUGCACAACUCGACGUCGAUGGCCUCUACGAUAUCCUCGGAACUAUUGGAGUUUUUCCCGUCUUUGGAGAGGGACCCUUCUUGCUGGACGCGUUCGACCUGACCUUCAGCGUGGAGGUGGGACUCGGACGUGAUGAGUACGAUGAGCUGGGCGUUACAAUCCUCACCAUGUAUGUCGACCUCAACACGACGGAGGUCGACUUUGAGAACAUCAUGGGAGGCGGGGACAUGGCCGACUUCGUCAAUGGAGUCCUGAGUUCCCUGGCACCAGAUAUCCUGCAGUCCCUGGAGGAGGAGUACCUACCCUUCCUGGAGGAGGCGCUGAAGCACGAGAUCAAUACAAUCCUACAUGGAGGGACCAGACUUGGGGACGACAGUAUCAACGAUUACUUCGAUCGUGUGUUCGCCAACAUGCGUCAAGGCAUCAUAGAAAACGGACAGGAUCCCCUCGGGCUCCCAGAAGACAGCGAUAACUUCACUGUUACGCUCUUCAACAAGACUAUGGAAGGCGAGGUGUUUGUGGGGGGCGGGCGUCUUGGCGGCCUCUCCACCAUUCACAGGGCGGCUGAUAUGACUCUCUCAUAUGUGGGCGAGAAGGACGAGGUCAUCUGGGGCGGGGAAAUUGGCCUCAUUGAUCUCCAGGUGGACUACACCUUCCGUCUGAUGCUGGCGUUGUUCGGGAAGGAGCUGGACUACUCCCUCAAGAUGUCCUUCGUUCACCUCAGCUUCGAGACGGAUGUGUUCCUCCACCAGUCUGAGCUGACCUUUGCCUACUGUAACAUCACUGAACUGGGGCCCGUCCACUUCAAGGAGAAGGGCGCGGGGCCCCUGGACACUCCCAUCUACAGCCUGCUGGUGAACACCCUGAUAGGGGAGCUCCACGGCCUGGUCACCGGCAUCAUCCAGGGGGUCAUCUGCACCCUGCUGGAGGAAGCUUUCGCCUCCGGGUAGUUGUUCACUGGUCGUAUAGUAGUGGUGGUAGUUGUGGAGAUGGUGGUGUCGUUGGUGUCAGUCGUGGUGGUGGUGGUGGUAGUGGU